AUGCGUGUUCCUGUCGACGUGAGCGGACCCGCCAAAUCUUUUCUUCUCGCAGUGAAUCACUGCUCCGCUUCCUCGCCCCAAAGUCUCAGUAUUCUUUUUUUGGGGACUAUCAACACUGUGACGCCACUCUGCCAUCAAUACGGGCAACAUUCCACCCAUCGCAAUAUGGCACCUCGCUCUCAAUCUCCCUCAGACGACGACGAUGCACCAGAAACAAUUGCACUUUCCCAGUCUAAAGUCAGUGAAAAGAAGCGCGAAGCACAGCGACAAGACGCCGUCGCCGCUGGGCGUCAUGCCCAGAAAGAAAAGAACCGGGAAUUGGACAGGAAGCUCAAGGAACGUGCCCAGAGAACGCAAGGGAAGGCCAGCGCGGCUCAGCACAACACUAAUGCACGACAAAAACGGAAACAUUUAGACCGCGACGACCACGGGUCAGAAGAGGGUGAUGAUGUCAGUGACAACGAACUGGAGACGAGGAUGAGGCGGUCCAUGCGGGAAGCUGACGAAGAGGGCUCUGACGAGGGCAAGGAAGAUGAAGAUGACGGUGGAGGUCCUCUUGAAGAUGGCCCUGACUCCGAUGGUUUAGAGUUCAGCGAGGAGGACGGAGAUGAAGAGGAUGAGCACGGGGAUGUCGCCACUGACGCUGAUGACGACGACGAUAUGAAGCAGGAAGGCCCGUCGAGAAAACGGAAGGGGAAAUUGAACCCGGACCACCUCCCUGACGAACUCUUCGCCGCCGCUUUCAGCUCGACGGCCAAUUCAAAACCCAAACGAAAGGCAGAGGAAGACGUCCCAAACCCAUCAGCCGUAACCAAAAAGCGGAAACGAACGAAGCCCAAGACGCCGAAGGACGUGAUAGUCGGGUCUCGCGCUAUCCGCGUUCUUCCGAGCUCGCAAGCACCUUCGACGCCCUCAGCACUUCCGUCGAGGAAGAUCAGAAAGUUCCUGGAUCGGUCGUUGGCUUUCAAAGACGGGAAACAGGCGUUGAGGACGAGAGGUUGGGAGCGGAGGUCUGCUAACAUUGGUGUGCUGCGGAGAGACGGCCCACCACUGGCGUUUGUCCGGAGUCGAUGA